AUGAAGCGCAUUCUGGGCACUUUCAACAGGCGGGCAGGUGCGCAGGAAGGACAAACUCAGAGCGUUCCCCAAGGCGACUCCCCAGAAUCCACGAUUGUGCGAGAAGUGAUUGCAUUUUGCGAAUCGGAUGCGCCGAAUUCGCCUACCGCGGGUGACGAGUUUCUGCACCUCCCUGCGAUCGUCGAUGCAGCUGAAUCUACCCCUGCCGCUGCGCGAGAAGGCGCAAACUGCAUUCGCAAGUUUCUCACCAAAGACUAUGCCAGCCGCGCCUAUGCACAGUAUAAUGCAGUCAUGCUGAUGCGGAUCCUAACUGACAAUCCUGGACGAUCAUUCACAAGAAAUUUCGAUGCCAGUUUCGUCAAGACGGUGAAGGAGCUGCUUAGGGAAGGCCAGGACUUGAGCGUGCAGCAGAUUCUGAGGGAGACGCUAGAUUCUUUUGCGACAGGAAAGACAGACAAUGAAACAUUGAGCGCGUUGAUGGAGAUGUGGAAGAGGGAGAAGGCGAAGAACAACACCAAGGUCUACGGCAACAGUGCUGGCCCACACAUCCCUAACGGACAUUCACAAGUCGCACCGUCUGGGGAACAUUUUGCUCGUCAUCAUCGACAGCCGCGGUCUUUGCCCCCGCCUGAUGAACUUGCUGCCCGGAUCGAAGAAGCCAGAACCACAGCGAAGCUUUUGUCGCAAACCGUACAGUCAACACCGAGUGCAGAGAUAUCCAACAAUGAUCUGAUCAAAGAGUUCGCUGAUCGCGCAUCAUCUGCCAGCCGCAGUAUACAAGGCUACAUUCAUAGCACGAACCCGGCUCCAGAUGAAGAUACUCUCCUCACCUUGAUCGAAACCAACGAUCAUUUGAGCAUUGCAAUGUCGAAGCAUCAGAGAGCCCUCUUGCAAGCUCGACGGAACCUGAGCAACUCAUCCCAAGCGGCUGCGUCAUCACCGGCUGACCAGGUCAACUACCCGCCACCCGCAGGUCCUCCACCAGGAGCCCUGGCCGCCGGAAGUACUCAAGACCAUGCAUACCCAGCUCCAAGCUCACCACCACAAAGAGCGCAAGAUCACUACUACAACCCGCCUCCUAACAUGCCACCUCAGCGAGCACAACCAACACAGCAGCAGCAGCAGCAGCAGCAGCAGCAACGCGAACCGUAUGACGUACCUGAGAACCCUUUCGCCGACGAAGCACAUCAGCCAGCGCCACCAAAGCAGAGUUACGGCCUUUUCCAACGUGCAAAUCAGCCAGGCCCUCCGCUGGGGGCGGAUCGGCAUCUACCGUACACGGAAGCAUUGCAGACUCGUCCACAGAAUUCAACUCCCACCUUUCACUCCACACCAGGCUAUGCAUACCGCCAGGAGCCGGCUGCAAAUCAUCUGACAAUGCAGGGCACAACUCCUCCACCAGGGCAGCAAGAUCGAAACGAUGUACAGCAGCGGAUGGCGAACAUGCGUGUUUGA